UCACCAACCAUUUGUCAUUUUGCAAUACUUUUGCUUCUUUUUUUUUCCCACUUUCUCUGCUUCCCACAUUAGCUCCUCCUUUCAUGGACAACAGAGGAAGAAGCAGAAACAGCAUCUUUAUAUGAACCUUCCUCUUCCUCUGUUAAACUUAUCCCUAACCCACUUCUACACUUAUUCCCAUUCGUACUUUUCAAUCUCCAUUGCAAUUCUUUAACACCCACGAAAACUUCUGCUUCAGCUUCAUGGCUUAUUAUUCCAUUUCUUUAUUAAUGCCUCACUCUUUCUUUAAUUAUCACCACCCGCCACCAUCUUUAUUUCCUCUUCUUUCUUCAACUUCUGCUUCCAAACGACACCCUUCUUGCUUCUCUCGACGUUCAGCUUUACGCAGUCGGACAUCUGCUAUUAACUUCUCAACCUUAACCAAUAACGGCCUGCCGAGAAAUGGGAUGUACACGGUUGGUGAUUUUAUGACAAGAAAGGAGGAUUUAUAUGUGGUGAAAACUAUGACAACUGUUGAUGAAGCAUUAGGGGCUAUGGUGGAGAAGAAAAUAUCUGGUUUUCCUGUUGUUGAUGAUAAUUGGAAAUUGGUUGGUGUUGUUUCAGAUUAUGACUUACUAGCACUCAACUCCAUAUCAGGUGGAAAUCAGAGUGGCACAAACUUGUUUCCUGACACUGAUAGUUCUUGGAAAACAUUCAAUGAAAUGCAGAAACUACUUACUAAGAACAACGGCAAAGUUGUCGGUGAUUUGAUGACACCUGCCCCACUGGUUGUCAAUGAAACCACCAAUCUAGAGGAUGCUGCCAGGUUGUUACUCGACACCAAAUAUCAUCGACUUCCAGUGGUAGACGGCGAUGGCAAGCUGGUUGGAAUGAUUGCACGAGAAAAUGUUGUUCGAGCUGCCCUGCAGAUAAAACGUGCCAGUCAAAACUGAAAGGUUAAGAUGAAAUCUUACAUCAUCUUAAACUUUCAGCUUUUUGGAUCAUGCGAAGUUAUUGUUUCGAUUCUUCACUUCGUUCUGGAGCUUUCUGCAGUUUGCUAACAUUCAGGGCAGAAGUGAAGUGACCAGUGAAAAGGUUCUGCAUUAAGGGCCUCUCCGAAAUGCAUCAUUCUUCUACCAAUAUAUAUACAUAUACAGAUUGGGUAUUGCUUGGAACAGCUUGUUUAGGAUCAGAUUUAACUCGGCAGUAGUUUUAUGCCAAGUUUGUGUAUUAUAAACAGCAUUCUUGUUGCUACCACCGAUUAAAGCUUCAGAUGGGUAUAUAGAUAUUCAUGUCGUUGACCUGCCAGUUAUGAAUACAUCUUUGGAUA